CCAUAAUUGUUGAUAAAUGACACAUUUGUGCUUAGUUUAGCGGCUCAGUCAGCGUUUUGUUUUAUUAUUAUUAUUAUUUCCUCAUUAAUAAGUUUUGUAAAGGGAAAUUCAAGUGGCUCUUGAGUGCAAGUGAGGAAGAGUCACGGGUGGUGGGCGGAUGUCCCUGAAGGAGCUUCAUGGUCAUGGACUCUCAAACCAACAACAGCAAUUUUGAAGCCUGUAGAUAAGCGAUUACGCUGAUUACUUUUAUCACAGCUCUUGAGACGUGCCAGCUUAUUAUAACCUGCGGGGGAGGGCCGCCUGCCAUUACAACAGGCUAAGCUCCCGAGGGUCACCCGCUGCUGCUCCUGUGAUCUCAAGUGACUCGAGCUCGUCUGGGAUAUUUUGUUUUAUUGUGUGACUCGUCUCACUAAGGUCUUGAGACGUUGAGGAAGAUGGUGGAGAGUGUAGGAGCCGAGGAUGGGGGUGUGGAGGGCCAGACACCCCCAACAACCCCUGCUAUGGAGGACUUUGCAGGAUUGGACCAUGUUCAGGAUGAUGAUGGGCCGCAUGAAGAGACUGAAACAGAAGUAGAGACUGGUUGUGGAGCAUUGGCUGUCUGUGAUCCUCAUCAUGGAGCAUAUAGAUUUGUUGCUCUAGUGUUCAUGUGCUUCCUUAGUUUCGGCUCAUACUUCUGUUAUGACACACCUGGAUCGCUGCAAGAUCAUAUCAAGGAUGAUAUGAAUGUAAACACACUUCAGUUUGCCAGUCUUUAUUCACUUUAUUCCUGGCCAAAUGUGGUACUCUGCUUUGUUGGAGGAUUUCUCAUUGACAGAGUCUUUGGUAUUCGAAUGGGAACCAUUAUUUUUUCAACGAUUGUUACACUUGGACAGUUCAUCUAUGCAAUGGGUGGUAUAAUUAAUCAGUUUUGGAUGAUGCAAGUUGGAAGAUUUGUGUUCGGUAUUGGUGGAGAAUCGCUUGCAGUAGCUCAAAACACCUACACUGUUAGUUGGUUUAAAGGGAAGGAGCUGAACACAGUGUUUGGGCUGUUGCUAAGCAUGGCGAGGAUUGGAUCUACUGUCAACUUCCUAAUCAUGGUGCCUCUUUAUGAUUGGGUUGGUACUUUCACUCAGGGUUAUAAACAACUUGGAGUUUCUUUGAUGAUUGCCGGAUCCACUUGUGUGUUUUCCCUUGUGUGUGCCCUGUUAUUAGGCAUUCUCGACAAAAGGCGAUCAAAAAUUCUGCAUCUAAAUACUGCCGAGUCUGGAGAGAAAGUUCAUUUGAAAGAUGUGCUUUCAUUUCCACUUUCAUUUUGGUUGAUUUCUAUCAUAUGUGUAACGUAUUAUGUUGCCAUCUUCCCCUUCAUUGGCCUUGCCAAGGUUUUCUUCAUGCGCAAAUUUGACUUGGAUGACAAAACUGCUAAUGCCGUGAGCAGCAUUGUCUACAUCAUUUCUGCUGUGGCCUCCCCAAUAUUGGGAUUUGUGGUGGAUCGUACGGGUCGUAAUAUACUUUGGGUGUUUCUGGCAGUGCUUGUCUCCUUGGCAAGUCAUGCUAUACUCACUUUCACCUUCCUCAAUCCAUUCAUUUCCAUGAGUAUGCUGGGCCUGGCUUACUCACUUCUGGCAAGUGCUUUGUGGCCUAUGGUUUCUCUCGUCAUUCCUGAGCAUCAGCUGGGGACAGCUUAUGGCAUGAUGCAGAGCAUCCAGAACCUGGGUUUGGCACUUAUCAGCAUGUUGGCAGGACUGAUUGUGGACUUGAAAGGCUAUUUGGUCCUCGAGAUGUUCUACAUGGUGUGGCUUUGUGUUGCAUUGGCUGCCACUGCUCUCAUUGCUGUGGUGGACAGUAAUGCAGGAGGAGAUCUAUUGAAGUCACCUGCUCAAAGGCAACGAGCCUUAGAAGCUUCAGAGGGGAAAAUUAAUGAAGCGUAUGAUAAGAAUGAUGGUGAUGCGUUUGAGAAGACAUAUUCAAAUGAAACGGCUAAUGAGGAUCUCUAAGGAUUGAAUUAAUUCAACUGUUUAUCCGAACGUUUGCUGGAGUCGUAGAGAUACAAGGCACCAGAAACAGGCUAAGUACUUUUGGGAAGUAGAGUACAGUCCUUGUACUUGUUAAUGUAUGCAUUAUAUCCAACCAAAGUCAAAGCUUUUAAUACCUGAUCAGUAGCUUGUAAGUUUUUGAGAAAGACGUAUAUUUUAUCAGAGCCAUUUGAAUGUGUGUUAGCGAAAGUGUAGUUCGUUGAUAUGUUAACUUGAAGACUGCAUUGUCUGUUAUUGUUAACAUGCAAGUAGUGCGUUAUCUGGGACUGAACUGUCACUAUCAAGAGAGGCGGCGUGUAUGCAUGGAGUGCAGGUUAUGCCUGGUACUGGAGAGGUGCGUGUGUUUCCUUUGUGGGGUCAGUCUUGCUCCAGGUGCAUGGACAAGUGUAUCAUUAAGUGUCGGUGCUGGAAAGAACACUUUUUUAAUUAGCAAGUGAGUUUGUAAUUUCAGUAAUAUAUUUUUCAGGAGUAUUUUAGAAUGGCAUUUUGAAGAUUAACCUUAAUGAGAUUAACAAGCCAUUGACGAGACAGGUUAGGUGGUGUCUAGGUUGCAUCUUGCUGGGAAGUAAUGGGUUGGUUAAUUAGAAUCUUUGUUUAAAUUAUCAUUUCAUUGUGUGCAGUUCAUGCUUUCAAACAAGAUUUUUCAUUGUUCAUUCUGUAUAGUAUUACACAGUGCUUUUGUAAUUAAGGCUGUAAAAAUUCAUAACCAGAACAAAGGUUAAAACAUUUUGCAACUGAAUAACACAUCAUUCAUUCAUUCAUUUAAUUGUACACAUACAAAUCCACAUCAAAAUUUUAGGUUAUAAUACCUGACGGUAUCAUAAAGCAUCCAUGUUUUUAUUUUUAAUUCCUUGAUUUCAAGUACCAUGGUUAGUAAUUCUUUAAAGAUUGGGAUUCUUAUUGUCUGGACUUCAAACGUAAGAUAUGAAUGCCAUGUUUAAGUUUUGGUUGCCGUCUAGUAAUCAUAAAAUCCAAUAGAUUAUGGGACAGUCCACAUACACUUGAUGUGACUCAACUGAAUAUUGUGAACAUAGAAUAUUAAUAAAUAAAUGAGUAAUUAAGAUUUUUUAGGAGAUAAACCACUUUUAAUCCGUCAGGAAGGCAAGCAUCAUUUAAGCAUCAGUAUUAUAGCUCCUCAUUAAUAUAAUAGAAUGGCAUUUUUGCCAUUCUAUUAUGCCAAUAGAAUGGCAUAAUCUUUCUAUUACAGCUUUGGUAACUUACAUUCUGCCUUAUAUGUUUCCAAUUUUCAAAUAAGUUCUUUUUUAUAAUAUAUUGAUGUUAAAACAUCCAUUCCAACUGAAUAAUUCCUACUAGUUUUAGUGUAUCAUUCAGAACCAAGUAAUUUUGCUUUGUCAGGCUGUUGUUAGAGAGGACUUUGGAUGCAUUUUCCUACGUACACUGUAAUGCACUUUGAAUGUAUUAUCCUACUCUUACUUUCAGUACGUAGUAUUUGCAUAUAUUAUUUAAAUUUAUUUCCAUACAUAAUACUGCUUUGACUUCAGAGGAUUUUGCAAUGUCUUAUUCUUUCAGUGCAGAUAUUUACAUGCAUUAUUUUACCUCAACUGCAGUGGACAUUACAUUCUUUAUCCUAAUUUAAUUUUGUAAAACAGCUUGUGUUUGGAUUGAGACAGCCAUUUUUUCUAACAUUUACGCACUGCUUCUCUUUUUUCUUGUUCUACGACAUAAUGCUACUCUUUCCAUUUUCUCCUCUGACAUAAGUGAUUCUUGUUACAUACGCAAAUGCAUCAGGAAAAAUGGGGGACCUUUGAUAAGUCGCCUGUUCCUACCUCACGCUGAGACCACUAGUGAGGUGGAGGCCCUCAGGUAAAUCACAUUAAUCACUCCAAUUUUAUAUAUAUACAGUGGAACCUCAGUACUGGUAUUCGAAUUGCUCCCAAAUUAAACUCUUUGGCAUUCGGAUUCCGUGUUCAUGUCCAUUUGCCCGGCAUUUACACACUCACAUGUAAAGUGUGCAGUGUGUUAGCAUUUAUUUAAUUUAAUCAUCACAUUAAUCUAUUUAUUUUUCUGGGCUGGAAUGGAUUAAUCCAAUUUACAUUAUUCCUUAUGGGAAAAAAUUGUUCAGUAUUCAAACUUCUCAGGCUUUAUCCCACCUUCAGGAACCAAUCAAGUUCAAAUACCAAGGUUCCACUGUAUGUAUGUAUGUAUGUAUGUAUAUACAGAGCAUAUAUAUAUAUAUAUAUAUAAUAUAUAUUUAUUUAAAUAAAAUUACAUUAUCCAUACUUUGAGCGUACUGUAUUGGCCAUACACACUUAACUCACGGUCACUUAAUGGAGCGCCGCCCUGCUCCUUAUUGUCCAAAUUGUGUUGUUCCUCUUACAGUCGUGCAUAUCCUUGUUGAAUGUCCUGACUUCUAGGACGAGCGUGUGUCUUGCUUUCCGACCGUCCUUCGCGGUCACUUGUUCCUCGAUAGAAUUCUUGGUGAAUACGUGCCCAUAUUCUAAUAUCUGGCAAAUGCUUUCCAACCUGUGAAAGUAAAUAAUGAGGUACUGUAAUUAGGAUGUUGAAUUAUUUACAGUAUCUUUUUAACACAAAGUUUCUUUGUCCAAUGAUUAAGCCUUUCUCUUCAUAAACACUUAUUCAGCUCCACACUAUUUUUGUUUCCUCUCAAGUAUACUCAGGUCAGAUUACUAUUCAGAUAGUAGUGAAAUGAGAUUUCCUGGAGUAGUGUGAACUGAAUACAUUUAUGUAUUCACCAGAUAUUAGAUUAUUGAGCAGCUCGGAGAAGGAAAGGUUCAAGAUCAGCAUGAUUUUUUAAAUUAGAUUUUCAGCUUGUUCUCGUGAUAUGGCAGGCAAAUCCACCUCACUUAUUGAAGUCAAAGCACAUUACUUUAAGAAUGGAAACAAAUUUAGUUGCUUAAAUUUCAGUUAAGCACCUUGGUUUUAGAUAGACUGGUCCAUAUUAUGCAAGUUUAACAUGUGAUACUGUACCUGGUUGUGAUGUGAUAAGAGCCAACCAAGGUUAUUGAUUUAUUGUCAACAGUGUUUAAUAGGAUGAUUUAGGUGACAAAUAUUUACUUAGAUAAAUAAAAAAAAAGUUAAUGUAUUUCACUACAUCUACCAAUUAAUGAUUUUGUUUCUGAAAGUACACUAGUACACUACACCAUUUAAUUUUUACUCGGGCUUAAUCUGAGUGGCCAUACUCUGUACAUAAAUUAGAGACUAGAACACUUUUUUUUCAACUCAUUGAUUUGAUACAAGACCGUACAAUUGUAAGUGGAUAAGUGUUUGUUAAAUGUAGUUCAGUACUUUGAAGUACAGUACUAAAAUUUGUUUAGUGAAAUCUAUUGAAAUUCUGUGGUACAGUAUUGUGUAUUUUCAGUAUAUUUUUAUGAAAACUGGUAACCAUGACAUCAUGCACCUCCUGGCAUUAAAGACAUUUUUUCUUGUAUUUAUCAUGCUACCAUUUCACCUUAGAGAAUCAUUCGUAAAUUAUGCUUAGUUUUUGUUCAGUACUGUAUUCUUCAUUGUUAACCCUUAAACUGCUCCCAUCACCAAGAAGCGAUAUGGGCUAGUGUGCCAAAAGUCCUAAAGAUUCUAUGAGGAAGUCGUUUAACACUAGAAGCCUCUGGCAAUCAUUUGUCAAAUUGGAAACAAAAGUUCCUAAAGUCUUGAUUUUCUUUCCAGGCAGUAGUAAAUAAUUUGGCAUCACCAUCCAUUUACUAAUAUCAGUGCUAGAAACUAUUGAUGCCAGGCAAAAUUUGCAUGACUUAUGAACCUGGAAGAUAUUAGUGAUGAGAAAUCUAUUACAAAUAAUUAAUUUGAAAAUGAAUGAUCAGAAUUUGACAUUUUCAACAUAUCUUCACCUCACUAUUGCCAACCUAAAAUUAUGAGAAUAUUUUCAAUGAUUUGCAAUACAGAAGGGAAAAUAAAUUGUUGUUUUUAUGCUUACCAGGAAAUUGGCUUAAUUUAGGAUGUGCAGUUAGGGGGGGCUUGCGUCAUGAUGAGAAUAUAUAAUUCUGUCUUGCAUAUUUAUCUAAUUGAAUUCCUAGUUUCUGUUACGAAGAUCCUCCUCUUUUAACGUUAGCAAAGCUUUAGCAAUUAAGAGCAUAGAGUGUGUGAAAUUAAGUAUAACCCGAAGUACUGUAUCUCCUUCAUGGGUCAUUUUUGGGGAGAACAGUUUGUGAAUUGGAACAAUUUAAGAUGUUGUUUUCCCAGAUUAGUAGAAGGCCAAAUACGGAAUUUAGAAGAAAUAUAUAUUUUUGUAUAGUAGUUCGAGAGUUUAAAUACAUGUACAGUAGUAUGAAUAUGUUGAAAAAAAUAAAAAUUUAUUUGCUCAACAAGUAGGGCAUAGAUUAAGAGCAUAUAGAAACUGAAUGGCGAGAUUUAGAUAUCAGCAUUUAUGAUUUUUUAAAUCUGCAGAGUAGUACCAAUUAUUCAGGCCUAUGCUAAACACUUUUUUUUCUGUUUUUUUUUUUUUUCUAAAUGUUAUUGCUGAUAUGAAUCAUACUGAAAUGUACAGGUUUUUGUAACAUUUUGUAAAUGUUUAAAUGUUCCUGAUUCUUGUAUAUUGAUCUUGUAUGUAUUAUAAUUUAUUGUAUGUAUUAUACUUUAUAUAUGGCCCCCUCAUAUUAUAGUACAGUAUAUUAAUUUUAAUGUAGGAAUAUAUAGAAUCGAGUCAUAUAUAAGCAUAUAUAAUUACAUUGGAUUCCCUUUUGAACAGAAUGGUUGCUUCCAGGCAUAUUUCAGUGCAUCCUAUGUCUAGUUUUGUAUUACCAAAACCACAGUAAAAAAAAGUUAAAUUUGUUAAUAUUUUUGGUUUGUUUACAUUUGCAUCACAAAACUAGUCAAGCAGGAAUUUUUAGUUUGUUGAGAUGAAUAGUACAUUACAUCUGAUGAUAAUCGGGUCAGAAUAUUUCCAAUGCAUUGAUUGAUCUUAUAUUUGACUGGGAUCUUUGUUGAUGGCUUAUGUACUUUGUACAUAAGUUGAUGGCUUACUGUACUUUGUUGAUGGCAUAUGUGUACUAGUUGCAGUAUACAGUACAGUAAAAACUUGGUGGAACAAACUAGUGUACCAUGCACGAGGUGAGCCCACUUCUUGCAACAAGGUUUUUCACGUCCCUAGUCCCUAGUGAUCUUCACACAGUAUUUUCCCCAUUUUUUAACUUUAUGUAACAUUUUAAUUUUGUAAACAGUAUUUUAGUACAGUAUAUUUUUAGCAAAUUGACAUGCAGUUAAGAUGUUUUUAAUAAAAAUAAUGCAAAACUCU